UCCUGCUCCACACAGUCUACACCACAUGUCCAUGAAGCUCUUUGAAGUCUUCGAAACAGGAGGCGCUUCUGAUGCUGUAGGCUGAUAUACGUCGGUGUUUGUGCAAGUUCCUGCCUACUGCUUCCUCCUUGUAGAGGAGAAAAUAAAAAUCUACUACUACUUGACGAGAAAAGCUGAGGUUGGACGUUAACAACGGCAGUCAAAGUAUCUGUAGGAACAAAAAUCGGACAGGUCAUCACGGCAGGCCUGCAAGCAGAACGCGUUUUUUAAUCAUGGUUGAAAACGGCUUCACAAAGCCUCUUGGGUUAGUUUUAAUCGUCACAGCUCACAUGGUUUUCUAUGACCCCAGCCAUGCAGAUGUCAUUGGGAUCGUCGGCCAAAACAUCUCGCUUCACUUCGAAUUUAACAAAACCAUCACAGAUAAGAGUCACAUUAUUGUCUACAAAUGUCCAGACAAGGAAAUAAAAAUCUCUGAAUAUCCAUAUUACAAAAAUGAAUUUAAGAUUUACCCUGAAGAUUCUUCCAUACAUUUUCACAUCACCAAUCUGAGCCUAAACCACAGUGAAACUUACUGGGCCAUUUUGGUCAUAGAUUUAAUUACAACGCUUAGCAAAAAUAAAGUGAAGCUGAUUGUUCAAGAGGAGAACCUAACCACCACAGUUCCUCCAGAGACGAGCACCUUCACCAAAACAACUAGCAAUGGAAGUUCCAGUUUCUUUUCCUCUCAGAUUGUCACAGUUAUUGUGGUUUCUCCAUUUCUUCUGCUAGCUGCAUUGCUUCCAUUCUUGGUCAUCUGUCUUCCAAAAACAAAAGACCAAACACAAGAAGGACCACAGAGAUCCUCAACUCCUACAACACAGGAAACAGUUGAAGUGUCAGUUAGCACGACUGACCAGUCACUGGUCUACAGCGUCCUGGACUUCCCAAAGAGACCCCCAUCAGCUGUGGAGUUGGGCUCCAAUGAGACAGAGUACGCCACAGUCAGCUACCUCCCAGAAAAGAAGCUGAGGCCCAACGCCAAUAAAUGAACGGGUGUAAAUCUUCAGAUCCUUUCCAGUUUCUGUAAAAGACUUUGAUACCCCAGAAUCUAAUAAUAUAUUUCUUGUAUGUAUGAUAAAUUGUGCUUUGACUGUAUUUACACAUUUUGCAAUAUUAGUCAGGGGAACCAGUUUUUGUAUGAAAGACAUCACUGUGUGUGUGGGGUGAUCAGCACACAUAAAUGCUAGGAGUUACUGUGACAAACCACAAAUAUCAACCUCAAACAAAUAUUUCCUCGAACCAAAUAGUUUUAUUUCUAGUGAAACUGGCAAAAUUUGAACUUUACUUUAUUGUUGUCAGAGAUUAGCUCAACUAGAAAUAUGUUUGAAAUAAUGUUAAUGCAUCAAAAUGGUGUUCUUUAUAUGACUGAUUAAAUGUCGCCCACUCAGUGCGGGAACAGACACAUUUGCUGGGAGCCGGAGCACAGAGUAAAAAAAUAAAAUAAAAUAAACACAUUUAUAAAAUCAGCUGUUAUUGCAGAAACAUAACCUUGAAAAGAUUAGAAACCUUGAAAUUAUAAACAUUGAGAAAAAUCAAUUUCAAAUCUUUGUUCAAUAGGAGGUUGGGAUCCCAAUUUAAGACAUUAAUAGCACAACUGUUGACACAACAAUACUUUAUACAACAUCCCCCUUUUACCAAUAGCAUUUAGGAUUCUCCUAUAAAAUUUCACAAAGUAAAAACAUGCAGGGAUAGGGACCUUUGACCUUUACCAUCUGCACAGUUUGUCUCUAAAUAAUAUUCUUGAGUCGUCUCUUCAGUUCACCGGACAGGCUUUCAGUGAAAUUGAAGACUGAAAAAGCCCUGGAAGACGAUUGAUUUUAUGUCUGUUUAACAAUUUCUGUCGUGAUUAAGUCAUAUAUGUUUUCGAAAAUGUUUCCAGUAAAAGAACUGCUUCAGCAUUCUGGCAGAGUCCACCAGAUAUUUAUUGAUAGCUUCUUGUACAGGAGUCCGGUGUGUUGGAGCAGGGAUGCAUUCAAAUUUUGCAAGACAUUAGCACUAGCAGACUGGAGUUUAUGACUUGUAUUGUCUUUAGCGUUGGCAGUUAUUACUAAGUGUUUAUAACGUCUUGCACUCUUGCUACAUGUUCCAAGCUUCUGGAGGAAAAGCAAACACACAGCAUCCCACAUCAUUCAUGGUGCUUCUCCUUGUAUUCAUUGGCAGUAAGCGCUCGGCUUGGAGUGGCUCAAUCUUGGUAUCAUCUGACAGAGUUCCCCUUAAAGUUUCUGCUGCGUUAGGCAAAAACAUGUUUGUGUUUUCUGACGUCAUUUGUAGAUAUAGGAUUAAAACGUAGAUAACAUCUUGUGGGUAUCUGGGCGAUGUCUUUGCUACAGCUCUGAAUCAGUGCAGCUCUGAAAUAAGAGCUUUACUUCUAUGGGCAUGUUCUCUUGUUGUUUGCAUAAGCGUCACCAAGAGCUGGGCUUCUUGGUCGUGUCAUAUGCAUACCCUGAAAAAUAAGAAGACAUGGAGGAGAGAUUACAUUUUCUAAGAAAACCUAUUUGAGUUUAUUUUUGGAUAUAUUUUGGGAUAUACAAUAAUGCAAUAAUAAUAUUUCUUAGCAUGGGAUCCUUACUAUCUUUAAUAAGUGUGUAAGAUUAAAGGUUAGAUUUUAUAAAUUUUCAGCAUAGGGUCACAUUUCUGAGAAAAUGUGGUUGUUUCUGGUUGUUUGCACAUUUUUAACUGGUGCGCCAAUGUGUGUGAAGGUCACUGCAGUAGAUACUUGUUCAUAGUUUUUUCUUUGAUCCAGAAAACAUCAGACCUAACAAUGCAAAACAAUACCUAUCAAUGGUUUGCAACAGAUUAUUAGUUGUUUGUUAACGGGUAAAGACAAAAAGGUGGAGUCAGGCCCCAGAGAUUAUUUUAAAUUCAAGCGUAUCAGGCCAUACAGCAAUGCAGAUAUCUGGCUCUCAUAAAACAUACUGAAUUUCUUAAUGUAAAUAUAAAAGUAUAAAUACUUUUGAUUUUAAGACAUCGUUAAGGAUUUGUCAACAUCCGAUCUAAAAGGCAGUAAUUAAAUCCCUUUUUCAUCAGUGGUAUCUACAGCUUUUUUUCACCGUUUUACUCACCACCUCAAGGGUUUUUGGGUGAAAUGAAACCAUUUUAAGAACACAAUCCAAGUGUACAGAAUCACAGAUCAGCCUUGUCAGGUUUAAAAGUGUGAGUUUCCACUGCUCCUCUGCAUCUAAAGGAGUUUGUAUGUAUGCAGUCACAAUCUGACACUAUCUUACUGUCAUUUUCCCCUAGGACGGUCUUGAAAGUUCUCUGAUCCCUGGUGCUAAUUUGCUUAUCUCAUUUUUGUGAAACGCUUCGUCAUAUAGUAACUGCUGUUGUGGAUAUGUAACGAUACUCAUGCGUUAGUGGAAAACAAGUAAGUUGACCAUGAAUCCAGGAUAUUGGUUAUUUUUUAGAAGGGGAAGUGUGUGGUCACAAAAACUGGAAAUAAUGCAUUUGGUUUUUUUCUUCUUGUUCAUGGGAGAUUUUUGUUUUUUUUUUUCUCUUACGGCUACAGUAAACUCAAAUAGGACAGUGAGAAUGUAUUCCUAGUUUUGUAAAGCUCAGUUUUUCAAACUGCCUUUAAUAAAGCUGCUGUUUCCGAUAAUCUG